UUUAGUCAAGGGAGAAGAAACGAGAGCAGCCAGUGAACCAACAGCGGCCAUUUGCAGAAUCUUCGUUAAAAAGGUCUCUUUUCGAAACUAUUCAGGCGAUGCCAAGUGUCAAAGUAUCUUCGUCUCCAGCUAGGGCGCUUCUCUCUCUCAGAUCUCGCCGUUGUUUAUCGAAGUCGCGAGAAAUCGCUCUUUCGUCAAGGCUCUCUGCUGGGGAUUCAGGAUCGAUUGAACUGGAGUAGAAGGAGAUUUCGGGACGGUGAUCAGCCGUCUCGAGUCGAUCUCCUCGGAUAACGUUCCAGUUUAAGUUACUUCAAGGAGUUUAAGGAAUAUGGGUUGCUUUAUAUCUACCCCGAAAGAUGCAGUUGGGUAUAGAAGAAGACCUGGAAAGCUUGGGGAGGUGGCUGUAUAUGUGCCCGGAUUGCGAAUUCCCAAAAGUAUUGAUUUUUAUCAGCCUCUUAGUGAUAGCAUAUCAACUGGUUUGAUAGAGCAGCUAUCAGCUCUGAAAACUCGAGUAGUUGUCAUGGCUGCACAGGAAGCACCGAUUGAGACAAAACAUUUUCGGAAAACUGCUACACAACAUGGAGGUUCUACAAUAGCUGACCUUUUGCAGGCUCUUGAAGACUAUUUGCCAGUCCUACUGGGGUUGGCAAUUGAUGGAAGUGAGCUCAAAUAUAAGGUGCAGUUUGUAUGGAUCAAUCAGGAAGAUGAUGCGGAGGAAACAGCCAUGUCAGAUGUUUCCUAUGAGAUAUUAUCCAUCCUUCACUUAAUGGCUACACUAUGCCUUUCUGAGGCCAACCUUUUACUUCUUCCUAAAGCACCUGUUGAUGUUUCUCAGGCAAGAACUUCUGAAGAGAGUAGACGUGCAGCAAUUGAAAUUCUGUUGAGGGCUGCUGGUUAUUUGGAAUUUGCUGCCCAGCAUGUGCUUGCACAGAUCCCUCUCGAAAAAAGGAGGGAUCUGCCUAUAGACCUAGCAGAAGGAAAGCUGCGAGCUCUCUGCAUGCAAGCAUUGGCUCAGGGAGUUGAUCUUCAACUUGGUUUGGCAAUUGAUAGUCCCAAGGCCACAUUAGCAGUGAAAAGAAGGUUAGCUUGUGAGAUGGUCAAAUGCUGGCAGCAGGCCCAGGAUCACAUCACGCAACUUCCUGUUGUUGAUGGUUGGGUGCAGAAACAUCGUCUCUUUAUUGAGUGGAAACACAAUGAAGCAAAGGCUGCAGCAUAUUAUUAUCAUGGACUGAUCCUUGAUGAGGGGAACACAGAGAAAUCCCAUGGAUUGGCUGUAGCUUCUUUGCAAGCGGCAGAUGAGUUUCUAAAAGAAAGCAAAAAAGCCUGUGAAGCCUUCCACUCGACACCCCCGAUAUCAAGGAAUCCACCUUUGUGGGGAUCUAUGAAGUACCUUUCGGAGAAGAUUCCUAAAGAUGUUUCCAGCAAAGUUCGCAUCAAUAGGGACCUUUACAAUCAAGAGAAGAUCAUGGAAACUGCACCUUCAUUGCCAGACUUCAUGAUCGCCCUUAAACCAGAUGAUUAUCAGCUUCCUCCAUUGGAUCCCUCAUGGGGCACAGGAGAAAACAAUCAACUCAACCUAUAAAUAAGCAAAGUAGAUAGGAAAGCCAUACAAGUUUGAUAGAGAAUUCCGAGGCUUUAAUGCAGGGGGAAAAAAAAAAUUCCAUUGCUCAGCUUUGCCAUGCAUAUCUCAUUGGAUUGUCGUAUAAAGGAAAUGUUUUGUGCAAUAAAUGGAAUGCCAUCUUUUCCGUCCUUUCUACCGAGUCUCUUUUCAUGGUAUAUUUGUUCUUGGGCAGCUUUUUAUCUUGAGGUGGUUUCCAGAGUGUUUUUUAAGAAAGAUGAACAUUGUGAAAAUGUUUUGUAGCACACUAAGCGAUGAAAUGCUAUACAUAUAUUGUACAAAUGAAGUAAUAAGUUGGGUGAUGGGUGUAAAAUGAAUAAUGCAUCUUGAGAGCAGAUGGGUGCUACUGAGAUUUAUGAUGCUCUAGUUAAUGGUUGUUCCCCUUUGAUUCGAUUUGAUCAAAUCAAGCAGCUUAUUUUUUAUCAUUUUGUU